AUGCCUCCGCAGCCAGGCGCUGCCGUCGCCCGGGCCUUUCGCGGGCGAGGGACCUGCCGCUUCACCUCCGCCUACCAGGCGAACCUCUUCCAGACGCGCGCCUUUGGCAAGCAGGCCAGGAGGCCACAGAACCCAGAGCGCAAGCACGACAGCCCGACGCAAUGGCUGUUCCCGGCCAAGGCAGUCUCGCGAGCCCUCUCGGGGCGCCCCCUACCCCAGCGCCGGUCCUUCUUCCUCAACUUCAUGUACCGCUCCGCAGCGAUCUUCGGCACCGGUGUUGGCUUCUUCGGCUUCCUCGUCGCUGCCUUCUUCAUCUACGAUUCGACGACAUACAAGGAGACCAGCUUCUUUGGCGAGUGCCGCGUCUCCGAGUUUGCGCUCUCGCCGCGGAGGGGUGGGCCCAAGAACCUGCCCAUCAUCGACGCCCUCAUCGACGACGACGACACCGAAGCGAAGCGAGCGCAGAAGCAGAAGCCACGUCUGGUGAUUCUCGGGGGCGGCUGGGGCAGCGUUGCGCUGCUGAAGGAGCUCGACCCCGAUGACUACCACGUCACCGUGGUCAGCCCCAAGAACUACUUCUUGUUCACCCCCAUGCUCCCCUCGGCGACCGUUGGAACCCUCGAGCUGCGAAGCCUGGUCGAACCCAUACGGCGCAUCUUGUCCAGAAUCAAUGGCCAUUACGUGCGGGCAGAAGCCCAGGAUGUCGAGUUCUCCCACAAGCUGGUUGAGGUUUCUCAGACCGACGCUCAUGGCAAAGAGAUGAGGUUCUACGUGCCCUACGACAAGCUGGUCAUUGCCGUCGGGUCUGUCACGAAUCCCCACGGUGUCAAGGGCCUGGAGAACUGUCACUUCCUAAAAGACAUCAAUGACGCCAGGAUGAUCCGCAACCAGGUCAUGAGAAACCUCGAACUUGCAUGCCUGCCCACAACCGAUGAUGCCGAGCGGCGGAGACUACUUUCGUUCGUGGUCAGCGGUGGCGGUCCUACCGGUGUCGAGUUCGCUGCCGAACUCUUCGACCUGCUCAAUGAGGAUCUGACCAUUCGAUUCCCAAAGUUGCUCAGAAACGAGAUUUCCGUCCACUUGAUUCAAAGUCGCAGCCAUAUUCUCAACACCUACGACGAAGCUCUGUCCAAAUAUGCCGAGGAGAGAUUUGCGCGUGAUCAGGUUGACGUGCUCACCAACUCGCGGGUCAAGGAAGUCCAAUCAGACAAGAUCAUCUUCACUCAAAAGAACGAGCAAGGCGAGGUGGUUACCAAGGAACUACCAAUGGGAUUUUGUCUCUGGUCGACUGGUGUGUCGCAGGCCGAGUUCUGCAAGCGUAUUGCAAACAAGCUCGGCGACUCCCAGACUAACCGACACGCUCUCGAGACCGAUACCCACCUGCGCGUGGCUGGUACACCUCUGGGUGAUGUCUACGCCAUUGGGGAUUGCUCCACUGUCCAAAAUAACAUUGCGGACAAUAUCAUCUCCUUCCUCCGUGGACUCGCCUACAAGCAUGGCAAAGACCCUGAGAACCUUGAGCUGCACUUCUCUGAUUGGCGCAAUGUUGCUGCUGAUGUGAAGCGCCGGUUCCCCCAGGCGGCAGCUCACCUGAAGCGCCUCGACAAGCUCUUUGGCCAGUUCGACAAGGACCAGUCCGGAACGCUCGACUUUGGAGAGCUCAGAGAGCUCCUCGGCCAAAUUGACAGCAAGCUGACCUCUCUGCCCGCCACUGCCCAGCGCGCCAACCAGCAGGGUCUCUACCUCGCCAAGAAGUUCAACAAGAUGGCUUCUGCGGCUCCGGGCAUGAGCGCAAACGAUAUCCGUGAUGGCGACCUCGACGAGGCUUGCUACAAGGCAUUUGAGUACCACCACCUGGGCGCCCUUGCCUACGUUGGCAACUCGGCCGUCUUCGACCUCGGCGGUGGCUGGGGCCUGACUGGUGGUAUCUGGGCUGUAUACGCCUGGAGGAGCGUGUACUUCGCCCAGAGCGUCGGACUUCGAACCCGGUUCCUCAUGAUGAUGGAUUGGAUGAAGCGAGGUCUCUUUGGAAGAGAUCUCGUCAGUUUCUAG